AUGUCUUUUGAAAUAUUAAUUGUAUUACAAACAAUUAUCAUUAUUUGGUUAUUGAUAAAAAGAAAUAAAAAGUGUACCAAAUCUGUAAGUCAAGCCACUGAUAAAAUAGCAAAUACUAAUGAAGAAUAUAAAAUGGUGUUAUUAGUUAGAAAAGAUUUAAAAAUGCAAAAAGGUAAAAUAGCAGCACAAUGUGGUCAUGCUGCUGUUGGUUGUGUUCUUAAAGCACAAAAAUAUGAUCCAAUUUCAUUAAAUACAUGGAGAUAUUAUGGUCAAGCUAAAAUUGCAUUAGUUGUAGAUAAUUUGGAACAAUUAGAGCAAUUAGAAAAGAAAGCAGAAAAAUCUAAUUUAAUUACGAAAAAAAUUUGCGAUGCUGGAAGAACACAAGUUGAACCUGGGUCUAUUACUGUUCUUGGAAUUGGCCCUGCACCUGUUUCUGUUCUUGAUCAAAUCACUGGAAAGCUUAAACUAUUAUAA